CACGCCCACCGAGCGCGUGAAACUGCUCGUGCGCGAUAGAAAGCGCCACUAUAAGUAAACAAAACACACCGGAGAAGCGCGGCUGACAAAUACACAACAAACACACGCCCUCUUUAAACGCGAGCUCGUGUGUGAGAGUCUGUGAGCGCGGCGCGGUAACUCGGUCAUGGCCGGACUCAUGUCGACGGGUUUCGGGAGAUUCACUCACGCCGUGGUGCGUUCGAUGCCCGCGUCGUUCGCUCCGAGCGCGCUCCGGAGCGCUGAUGGGCAGGUGAACAGUGCGCGCGCGCAGCAGGAGCACGACUACUACGUGGACGUGCUGAAAACCCGGCUCGGUUUGGAGGUGCUCGAGCUUCCGGCUGACGAGUCCCUGCCCGACUGCGUGUUCGUGGAGGACGCGGCGGUGGUGUGCGGAGACACCGCCCUGAUCACCAGACCCGGGGCCCAGAGCCGCCGCGGAGAGACCAAGGCCAUGAAGGACGCUUUGAAAGAGCUUGGCCUGAACAUUGUGGAGAUUACAGAUGAAUUGGCUACGCUGGAUGGAGGAGACGUUCUUUUUACAGGUCAGGAGUUUUUUGUGGGGUUGUCAAAAAGAACUAAUCAAAGAGGGGCAGAGAUCCUAGCAGAUACCUUUAAGGACUAUGCUGUGUCCACUGUGCCAGUAAAGGAUGGCCUGCACCUGAAGAGUUUCUGCAGUAUGGCAGGUCCAGGACUUAUUGCUAUUGGUUCCGGCGAAUCAGCCCAGAAGGUCUUGAAGACAAUGCAGCAGAUGAGUGAUCAUAAAUAUGAUAAGCUCACGCUUCCUGACGAUGUUGCCGCUAACUGUGUGUACGUGAACCUGCCCUCGAAAGGCCAUGUCCUGCUGCACUGCACGCCAGAGGAGUUCCCAGAGAGUGCCAAGGUGUUCGAGAAGCUGAAGGAGCACAUGCUCAUCCCCAUUCCCAACCUGGAGGGGGCGAAGGUGGACGGAGGGCUUACGUGCUGCUCGGUCCUCAUCAAUAAGCCAGCCAAGGUCUAAGGGACUGUACCAAUGCACACUUACACCCUGCACAAAUGCCUUUAAAGAAGCAUGUCUGGGCUGCUUUGCUGUGUUAAGAGAUUAUUAUUGGAGGACUGGAGGCUAAUUCAGGGGUCUAGUCCCAAAUUCUACAUAUGUGCCCAAAUCCAGAAUCCAGGGACACAUGUCUGCCCAGGGGCAUUUUGAGUUAUUGACAGAUUCAGAAAGUACAGUUUCUAAGCUUUCCAAUGAUGCCUUCCAUGUGGAGAUCUGACAAUAUUUGAAGAAUGUGUGGCCUUUUGAAAAUGUAUACUUCUUAAAACAGGAAAGGGAGAAAAAUCGCCCUCAAAGUUUUCCAUCUCAGCUACUCUGUGUGCAGGGCGGGCACAUAAUGAUGCUCAUUUGCAUGACAUUAAGGAAAGCUCUACCCCCUACGAGCUAGCAUGAUGCUACUUUCAUGUAAACAAAGAUCACCACGUCAAUUUUCCUUCCAUGCAAAGUAUGCCCAAAACAAUUAUGAAGUACAAAAAUAAGUCCUAAAGUAUACUUUAACGUUUUGUGGUUGAAAAAUUACUCACACCGUAAGAAAGAAAGAUAGCACGAUGAUGACACAACUAACACAAUGCUAGUUUCAUGUAAAGCCUCGGUCACAACCGGCCGUACAGUACGUGCUCCUACGGCCGGUCUACAUGCAAAAAACACAAGAAACGCACGGGGGCGCGCGUGAAACGCACGAGAGCGCGCGUGUGACGUGCUGAUUUUCGAGCCGCAGACCGGCCGCAGAGGUUCUUUGUCAUGUCAAACAAACUCUACGGGCGCUUACGUUUUUUUCAGGUUGCAAGACAAACUUACGGCCAACGCGCGUCUUUCUCCAUGAACAAAAAAAAAAAAACGCAGCGAUUUGGGAAACGCCAAAAAUCGCACGGCCAAAAAAUCGUACGUCCGGUUGUGACCUAGGCUUAACCAAACCACAACACACUCCGUUACAUGCAAAAAUAAAAUACUCACACUGUAAGAAAGAAAGAUAGCACGAUGAUAACACAACGCUAGUUUCAUGUAACCAAACUACAACACACUCCGUUACAUGCAAAAAUAACCACACAGCCUUAGAUUAAUAAACUUACCCCAUCAGAAAGAGAAACGGCGCCUUGCACACACCAAUGCCUCCGAUGGAAUGUAGUCUUGGAACACUUCCUUUUGUUUGCGGUUUUUUUUGCUAGAAAUGGUUAUCUCCGAUGUAACUACCGUGCGACUGUUUGCUUCGCGGUGUUUCAGCUCCUCUGCGCUCUGUUUAGCUUGCUCAUUCCAUAGUGAAACUACAUGCCUGUAUGCAGCUUAAGUAGCCACAAGCUCAGCUCGUAUCAUACAGCUGAUUGGCGAAAAACAAACAAAAGACUUAAAUCAUCAUGUGAAUGGCCCAUAUGGUAAUUUACCCACACCCCCCAGCAGGCUACAGUCCUGACAAAAACAAGACAAUUUGCAACAAAAAAUGUAUGCUUUUCCAACAAAGCAAUCUAUUAUCUGAAAUACUGAUUGCAUUCUUCAAGAUCUCAACUUGCACAUGAUGGAAAAAAAAGAAAAUCAUAAAUUUCGGAAAAAAAAAAAAAAGCUUCUUUUGCGAUUAUCUCGGAUUCGUUUUGGCCGACAUGCGUCCCUGGAUUCGGUGAGGUGUCACAUAUUUACUUUAUUCACAGUUACUAAAAAUAUCAAUAUGCGAUAGUUACAGGUUCAGUUGUAGUGUGGGGUUUUUUUUUUUUAAUUGUACUAAGCACGUUAUUCCAAUUCCUGAAAACUUUCAGCUUGCUCACUCAAAUAAAAUAAGAUGCUUUAGCAUUGAUCCAAUACAUAAUAUAAGCUCUGAAGCACUACUGUCCAGAAACACAGCAUGGUGGGGCUGGGAUUUGAAUUCAUGACCUUUUCCUUGGUAUCCCAAUGCCUUAAACACUGAGCCACCACCGUUACCUAUUGCAGAGACGCCAACAUCUGCAGUUUCACUGGAGCGUUUAUGAUUUGACUUCAGAAGCAAGCAAAGGUGUGAAUGGCACACAGCCUAUGAUUCAGCCUCCUGUCGUCCCAUGUCCAACACUGACUCCCAUUUUAAUUCCUUAUCCUCUACAGCCUUCUACAUCGUGGGAGUAGUGGUGCGAUAAGAGCAAAAAGAUUUGCGAGUCACGCCAAGCAGACCAGACAGAUUUUAAACUUCGCAGUUUAGUGUCGUCUUUGUUCUACUGACCUUAAUUCAGUUAAAAUCGGUAACUAAGUACAUUUAAACUUAGAUCAAGGAAAAUACUGAACUCUGGAAUGUAAGGACCUAGCCAGACUGGACCUUGAAUAGCCUCGCAGAGAUUAUUUCAGCCUUCUUUUACAGGUGUGGAGGUGUGCAUACGUACAAACCCAAAUAGCUGAUUGUUUACAAUCCUUUUAAAAAGCCACUAGGAGACCCUGUCACUGUUCCUGCUGUUCUUUAUAAUCAAUAAACUCAGAGAUUUGAAUAGUCACUAAAAUUCAAGAUACCAAAAUAAAAAGCUCUUGCAAUGA